UUUUUAGCACGUGUCUAAAAAAUAAUAUUAAUAAAAUAAAAUAAAUCAGUGUGCGUCCGCAGCUGCGCAUCAUCCCGCCUCCAGCUUCAGCGCAGCGCCUGCGCUCCGCGGCUCCGGUUCACCGUCUCCUCGCGAACAUGGCGGCGCCUGCGCUCUCCAGCCGGGCUGGUUCAGCUGGCAGCAGCCCCACCGCCACCCCGAGCAGCACCAAACUCGUCCCGCAGGCCCCCGAGCUGGACUUCAGGUCCGGAGCCAGGAUCGAGGAGCUCAACCGGCUGAUCGCCGAGUUCAGCAAGCACGAGCAGCGCGAGUAUGACGACCAGCGAGCGCUCGAGAUCCACACGGCCAAGGACUUCAUCUUCUCCAUGCUCGGCAUGGUGCAGAAGUUGGACCAGAAGCUUCCGGUUGCCAACGAGUACCUGCUGUUGUCUGGUGGGGUCCGGGAAGGUGUGGUUGACAUGGAUCUGGACGAGUUGACGGUAUAUGCGCGGGGAGCCGAUUACGACAUGGACUUCACGUUACUGGUUCCCGCGCUCAAACUCCACGACCGAAACCAGCCGGUCACGCUAGACAUGCGUCACUCGGCACUCUGCCACUCCUGGCUCAGCCUGCGUCUGUUUGACGAGGGAACCAUCAACAAGUGGAAGGACUGUUGCACGGUUGUAGAGCAUGUUAACGGCACCACCAAUUACUUUUUCUCGCCCACGCUGGUGGCCGACUGGUUCUACGAAUCCAUUAGUAUGGUUCUGGCGGAGAUUCAGAAGAAGCCUCAGCGUGGCGUCCCGCGGGUCGAGAAGGUCGAGCGCAACGCAACCGUCAUCUCCAUCAUUUUGGGUGUCGGAGGCAGUCGUAUGCUGUACGAUGUGGUUCCAGUAGUGUCGUUCAAAGGCUGGCCGGCGGUGGCCCAAAGCUGGCUAAUGGAGAACCAUUUUUGGGACGGGAAAAUCACGGAGGAGGAAGUGAUUAGCGGGUUUUAUUUGCUGCCUGCCUGCUCUUCUACAGGCCAGAAGGAAAACGAAUGGCGCUUGUCGUUUGCGCGCAGCGAGGUGCAGCUGAAGAAGUGCAUCUCUUCCAGUCUCAUGCAGGCAUACCAGGCUUGUAAAGCUCUGAUUAUUAAGCUUCUCUCUCGACCCAAAGCCAUCAGCCCAUAUCAUCUGCGCUCGCUCAUGCUUUGGGCCUGCGACCGCUUGCCGCAUACGUACUUGGCGCAGGAAGAUUACGCCGCACACUUUUUGCUCGGGUUGAUCGACGACUUGCAGCAUUGCUUGGUGAAUAAGACCUGCCCGAAUUACUUUAUCCCGCAAUGCAACAUGCUAGAGCACCUUAGCGACGACACGGCCAUGCUGCAUGCAUGCAAGCUGUCGUCCAUUCGCUCUGACCCAGCAGAACACUUGCGAAGCGCAAUAGAGCACGCAAAAGCUGCGUCGCGACUCACGUUGGAGCUCCAGUGGCGUGGAGGAAGCUCAAACCUGUCUCCCCUGUUAGAAACUGGAGCCGAUCAGCAACCAGACGACCGUCUUGCGAAGAAACUCCAGCAGCUGGUCACGGAGAAUCCUGGGAAGUCCAUCUCAGUCUUCAUCAACCCAGACGACGUCACGCGACCUCACUUUCGUAUUGAUGACAAAUUCUUUUGAAGCCACCCCAACUGAUCUGAUUAGCCACUGUCUGCAAAUGACCUCACAUUUGCAUUGAUGACAAAUAAUUCUGAAGCCACGCUCUCUGCUCUGAUUGGGCGCUGGCUUCAGAUGAUCUCGCAUUUUCAUUGAUGACAAAUAAUUCUGAAGCCACGCCCUCUGCUCUGAUUGGGCACUGGCUUCAGAUUAUCUCGCAGUUUCAUUGAUGACAAAUUAUUAUGAAGCCACGCCCUCUGCUCUGAUUGGGCGCUGGCUGCAGAUGACCUCACAUUUCCAUUGAUGACAAAUAAUUCUGAAGCCACGCCCUCUGCUCUGAUUGGGCACUGGCUUCAGAUUAUCUCGCAGUUUCAUUGAUGACAAAUUAUUAUGAAGCCACCCCCUCUGCUCUGAUUGGGCGCUGGCUGCAGAUGACCUCACAUUUCCAUUGAUGACAAAUUAUUCUGAAACCACGCCCACUGAUCUGAUUGGGUGCUGCCUACAGAUGACCUCACAUUUUUUGCAACCUCAUGCAACCUCAUUUUUGCAUUGAUCAUUUUUUUCUGAAGCCACGCCCCCUUGAUCUGACUGGGUGCUUACUGGGGAUGAGCUCACUUUCGCAUUGAUGACAAAUUCUUCUGAAGCCACGCUGUCUGAUCUGAUUGGCACUGACUUUUUUUCUUGAUUUUUUUUCUGUUUUUAAGAGUCCCAGAAGCAGGAAGCCAUGUGUUUUGCACAGCGCUGGAGAUGUUAAACGCUUCAGGCUCUGAAUAUUAUGUUAAAAAUGGACAUGAUCUUAUUUCACUGCUGCCAGUUUGAAGUUGUGUUCACAUUUCUGUUCCUCCCCAUUAUGAAUGCCCAGCUUUUAGGGGAAGGAUAGAGCGAGAGCAGGAGAUUUAUGGAAGGAUGUGGGGGGGAGGACGGUUUGUGCAUGGCUCACGUGGAAAACAGGAAAUCCAUAACUCCACUCAGAAGUGCAAUUAGACAAAAUGUGUUUAUAUGCUUUACUUGUAAGUACACUGUAACAUGAUACUGUAUUUUAGACAUCGUCGUUUCACAAACACACUUACAGAAGAACUUUAUUCUCACAAACUGCACAUUAGGACUCCAAAAAUACACACAAACACACUCCCUGUGACGAUGGAUGUUUGUUUCAUUUUAACACACAGUCUCUUGAGGUGAAUCUCAUGGAAACGUUUCCAUGUAUCACUUACCCCCCUAAAAUUCUAUGAGUAAUUAUGUUGCAUUAAAAAAUAAAGCCUAUUUUAGAACUAUUAAGACGCUUUCAUUGUGACACUAUUUUCAUGACAUUUAAACACAUUUUAACCCUAAAUAAGCCUAAAUUAAAGGUACAUCGUACAUCAAUUAAUAUUGCAGUUUAAAUAAAAUAUCUUUUUUGCGUUGCAUUAAUGAGAAUUGCAAGGUAAAAAAUGCUUGUCAUGAAAAAUCUCGCUCUUAAAAUAGGCUUUUAAAUUGCUUUCGUGAGAUUCACCCCUCGAAAAAAAUUCUGAACAGAAACUUUAUUUGUUUGUGUUUUUAUAUAUAUAUAUGCUGCUAAACUUGAUAGGUGCAUUGAAUAAUUUGUUUUUGUAAUAAUUUGAGUAUUUUGAUCAUUAUGUGAUGUGCUUUGUAACUGUACAUACUGCUGUAACUAACCCCGCCUACUUCUCCUAGUUAGACUAAUCAGCCUUAGCCAAUCAUGUGAUGUGCACUCAUAUAAUUAUUGACACAUGCAUAUCUUUGCAUGUUAUUGGGAGGAGGGACGGAUCAAAUCAGACCAAAUGUGAAUUUUCAAGCUCUACAGGGACCAAAUGUAAUGCCUUAUCACAGAAAAUAAACCAGUGGGGUGUUUUUAUUCCGAUUAAGGGGAUCCUAAAGACCAUUUUAUAGCCCCACCAUGCGUUCCUCUUUAUAUCUAAUUCAGGACAUAUCAGAACUAAACAGAACAUUGAUUUAUUUUAACUGUUGUGAUUAGGCUAAUGUCCACGAGAAUUGUGUGUACAUGUUAUUCUUAUGCUUGAUAAAUAUCUCUAACAUGCCAGCGGGCUUAUGGACACCUCAGCAAAAUAACAUAUCUGCUCUGGAUCGGUGUUGCAUUGCAUUGAAACUUGUGUUUGGUAAAUAAAG